UCUCGCAAACCCAGUUCGUCAACCCAGCGAAGAGACCGAAGCACAGUUGGGGAUCGCAUCGAUAUUGUUUACUUCGUUACGAGGCUUACCGCAUCUGCCUACAUGAAACGCAUCUGUGGAUUCACCAUCCAAGCGAAGCCAAACCCGACGCUUCGGAAGCGCGGGCCGUGUGCGCUGGCUCUUGCUUUCUGUCCCCUCUGCUCUCACCCACGCACGGCUUCCACAGCUUUCCCAACUCCCUGCAUCAGCCCGUCUCACCAAUCAUCAGCGCACGCUGCACACGCUCGCACGCCCGGCAAGCUCGACCUGUGCGCGAGAAGCAAGUUGCGGUGCAGGGCUCGGGGCAGGGGGCAGAGCAGGGCGCAGAGCAGGGCGCGGAGCAGGGGUGGGGGCGGCGAUGGCGGAGCCGGACGUGGGGCCGCUGGUGGCGAGCUUCAUCGACUUCACGGGCAGCGACGACGCCGUCGCGCUCCAGAUGCUGCAGGCGACGAGCUGGCGACUGGAGGAGGCGGUGCAGCUGUUCUUCGCAGGGGGCGCGGAGGCGGCAGGCGCACAGCGGGCGGACGCGGAUGGCGGAGGCGCUGUGGGGCGAGGGGGCGGUGGAGGCACCGGGCCGCGUGAUGCCACGCCCCCUCCACGCUCCUCGUCCCCUCCACCAGCACCAGCAGCAGCCACAGCAGGAGGGGGAGGACUGGGCAUGGGCGGCAGCAUGGGAGGCGGGGAGGAGGUGGUGCGAGCGCCUCUGCCGGUGAGGAGGGAGGCGCUGUACGGCGAUGCGUAUGCGCUCAACCGACCCACGCUGGGCGUGUCGGCCAGGGCGUUGGCGGCAGCCGCCCCGCCCGUGGUGGAUGGCUUUCGCGACUUUGGGGGCGAGGCAGCGGCCAGGGCCAGGGCGCGGGGGGAGGGGCAGCAGGGGGGCGAGGGGGGGCAGUGCGGCAGGCAUCGCUGGCGUCGCUGUUUGAGCCGCCGUACGACAUCCUCUUUGCGGGGUCCUUUGACCAGGCGAAGCAGCGUGCGGGCGCGGAGGGCAAGUGGCUGCUGGUGAACGUGCAGUCGACGGGGGAGUUCGCCUCGCACAUGCUCAACAGGGACGUGUGGGCCGUGCCAGCCGUCAAGGAGACCAUCACCACCUACUUCGUUCUAUGGCAGGUGGAUGCGGCGGCGGCGGAGGGCGCCAAGGUGUGUGGGUACUACGGGGUGGCGGGGCUGCCGGUGGUCAUGGUGCUGCACCCUGCCACGGGCCAGCGCAAGCGCUGCUGGGAGGGCGCCCUCUCCGCUGACCAGCUGCUCGAGGAUCUGAUGCCCUUUAUCGACCGCGCCCCUCAGGAGGGCGCGUCCCUGCCAGGCGGGAGGUGCGGCCGCCCAAGAAGCCACGUGACGUGCCGGAGGCUGCACAGGGGGUGGGGUAGUCGGGCGGAGUGGCGAGGAGGACGAGGAGGAGCAGCUUCGCCUGGCCCUGGCCGCCUCCCUGGAGGGACACUCGGAGGGGCAGAAGGGCGAGGCAGGGAGAGAGGAACAGGGUGGGGGGGUGGGGGCAGGCAGAGACGAUGCCUUGCACGAGGCAGAGGAGCAGCAGGGAGCACAGGCAGGAGGGGCAGCGGCGGCGGAGGUCGAAGUACCUGAGGAGCCGGCAGUCGGCACUCCUGCCAGCUGUCGCAUUGCCAUUCGCUGCCCGGAUGGCGCUCGACUGCAGCGCCGAUUCCUCUCCUUGCAUCCACUUGAGGUG